AUGGGAUCUGUAUUCUCUUCCGUUGCCGCAGAGGACAGAGAGCGAUCAGAAGAAGAGCGAGAUGCCUCCGUCAUUCACCAUGCUCGUUGUGCCCUCCUCCACUACAACUCCAAGAACCCGGGUGCUGAAUUCGACCUUGUCAAACCUUUGAUGAACAUGGCCGUCAUAUUCAGAGGCGAGACAUGGCACCACGUCAGCUUUUGGGCUCGCAGGAGGGGCGCUCCGCCUGAGACCCCCGUGCGGCAAUUCUUCGGGGAGCUGCGCUACAAGUACAUCUGUGGCGAUGAUGACAAGGCUGUCGAAAUACAGGGCUGCCGAGUGGUUGUCGAGACAUGCGCUAUCGUCAAUAAGAUAUCUACAUUUCAGACGCAGCCACCCACCCGCAAGAAAAAGAAACCUCGCAGGAGUGUGUGUAUACUUUGCCCCCGUAGCUUUGAGAUCAUUCAUCCCAAAAAGGGGAAAUUCAUUUGCGGAAAGGAAGAAGGACACGAGAAGGAGUUUAUCCGGUUGAACAAUAUGCUUGAGAAGCCAUUCACAUGUCAGCCUAGCUAA